AAUCAAAAAUGUUGCCAUGGUUACUGGAAGCUCUCGGCUCGCCUGUGAACUGCUGACAAACGGAAAGCCGAACACAGACUGAUAACUUUGGCACGAUGAGCCGCUCACAAGCGUUUCCUCUCUUUAUUUUUUGGCACUAAACCUUACGUUUAAUUAGCUUUUUUUUUAAACCCACAUUCCACCCUUUAACGAAUGCUUACAUUCCUUUUUCGUCGUGCGUUGUUUAUUUAGUAAGGAUAGCUGACAGCCGUGACGUCACUGGAGACCAAAGAGGAACCUUUUCGAAUAAUAGCAUAUUCGAGGUUUUAUUUUUAUUUUUUUUCCAAAUUUUUUUUUUUUUUUUAAACUUUUGAAAGACGUCAUGAUCCCCGAAUGCCCGAGCGCGGCGGAGACGGUCGGUAAGAGCGAAUACCACCGCAGCCGGGCGGCCGAACCGAGCCAGAGUACCGCCGGAGGCUUGUUGACCGAAAUUACCACCACCAUCAAGAGCGAACCUUUCACCGACCAUUUCACCAUUAUCCCCGGCAAAGAGCUCGGAAGGGGCAAAUUCGCCGUGGUGCGAAAGUGCGUGAAGAAAUGCACAGGCCAAGAAUACGCCGCAAAGUUCAUGAGGAAGCGGCGGAAAGGGCGGGACUGCCGCAUGGAGAUCAUCCACGAGAUUGCCGUGCUCGAGCUGGCCACAGACAGCCAGCGGGUGGUCAGUCUUCACCAGGUCUAUGAAAUGGCCUCGGAGAUGGUGCUGGUCCUGGAAUUUGCUGCUGGAGGGGAGAUCUUCAACCAGUGCGUGUCAGAUCAAGAGGACGAGUCCUUCAGCGAGAACGACGUGAAGAGGCUCAUGAGGCAGAUCCUGCAGGGAGUCGCCUUCUUACACCAGAGAAAUGUUGUCCAUCUUGACCUGAAACCUCAGAACAUCCUUCUGACCAGCAGCUCUCCUCUGGGCGACAUUAAGAUUGUGGACUUCGGUCUGUCCCGUAUCGUCAGCAGCCACCAAGAGCUCAGAGAGAUCAUGGGAACUCCCGAGUACGUUGCGCCAGAGAUCCUAAAUUACGAGCCUAUAAGCACAGCGACAGAUAUGUGGAGUAUCGGUGUUUUGGCCUACAUGAUGCUGACAGGCCUCUCUCCCUUCCUGGGCAAAGACAAGCAGGAGACCUUUCUCAACAUCUCCCAGAUGAACGUGAGCUACGAUGAGGACGAGCUGCAGGAGCUGGACCAGGCCGUGUCCUUCAUCCAGACUCUGCUCCGUAAACAGCCGCAGGUCCGAGCCACGGCCGAGGAGUGCCUCCGACACCCGUGGCUCCUGCCCGAAGACCCUCAGGAGACUGCGACGUGCGAUGACCGCCCCCUACUGGAAGUCCAGGAUGCACCCAGCGCCUGCGCCACUCCCACCAGCAGCCCAGAAAGUUCCACCGCUUCGACUUGUACAGACAGGGCCGAGGAGGAAGAUGAAGGCCCCGUGACCGAGGACCUCAUCGUCAUGGCCGCCUACACCCUGGGCCAGUGCCGCCAGUCGUCCGCCGCCGAGAAGGAGGCCCUGGUCACCGACAAGAAGGCCAACUCCAAGCGCUUCAAGUUUGAGGAGCCCUUCAGCGUCCUGCAGGAGGUCCCCGGGGAGUUCAUCUACUGAAACUCGCACCAACGAGAGGUGAACUGGGCUGGAAAAAAAAGUGAUUGAGACAUGAAAUUCUGGGCUUUUGUUGUUUUAUUUUUUUCGAUUGUUGGUGGCACGCUCAUGUAAUCAAUCUUUUUUUGGGGGGGAUAUAAAUAACAAAUACCCCGUCAAUUGUAAAAUGUUUCCGAUUCCGUUUCUAUCUCACAUUGUACACGCAAGCGCUUCAUUGACGCGGCUACUCCUAAAAUGUACCUGCAACAUGUAGCACCAGCGGAUGACCUUUCACCCCUCAACCCGUUGGCCGUUGAAGUGAUGAGCUUUCUUUUUUCGUGACCUUUUAAAGAGCAAAAAGAAGCAUCUCAUUUUAAAUGGAUCAUACGAGCUGCCUUUGUACAUAAUUUGGAGAAAAUCUACAAAGAAAAAUGGCGAUUAAAAGCCCAAGAAGAACUACAAUUAUUGUAGGACGUGAAUAAGUUAUAUGAAUAUGAUUUGUGAGUACCUGUGCAAUUUAAUUCUAAAGACGCACCAAAAUACUUUGGAGGGCUCAUGAAUAUUAUUAUUAUUUUUUUUAACCUGACAAACACAACUCCCCCCCACCCAAAAAAAAAACCAACUAUGCCACAGGUUAACAAGCUAAAAUAUAAGCUAAUAAAAUGCCACUUAUGUAAAUAAACUGUACAGUGCAUGUCUGGUUUGCUUUCACGCUAAAUCUGAUGAAAAACUUUCUUCUAUAAUUUGAUUGAUUUGUACUUUUUCUCACUCAAGCGCAUUUUUUUUUUUUUUUGGUUUGUUUUUGCCGCCUCGAUUGAAGAAAGUUUUUCCAGGGUUUUGUGUACAAUAUAUUAUAUUUACCUUUCAAGCUCUUUUUGUACAUGAUGUUUGUUUAUAUAAUUUAUGAGUACAACGCUGUUUUAUAUACAUGUCAGGUAUUUGUGGAACGUUUAAUAUAGGAUACAACUUUCAAGGGCUCGGUCCUUUUUGUUUUAGCAGCGCUAUAAAUAUUCAUUUGUUCAAGUUGUACAUGUUGACUUUGUAGUUGUUGGGAAUGGCGCUCUUGAAACAAUGUGUGUACUUUCAUGUCUCGUACUGCAAAAUAAACAUUUAAAAUGCGCCGGGCGUUUGGCGAGAUUCGAACUAGGUCCUUUCCGUUCGCAUUUGUGUUGUUAGCGCAAGCAGUGUACAUCGGCUCAUGAGGCUGAAUCAAGUCAACAGAAUUUGAGUUCUUUUCUAUUAAGACACUUUAUGGAUAAGUAAAUAUU